AUGAGUAUGCCUUUGUCAAAAUUUCCAUCAAUAGAAAUUCUUAAAGUUGCUGGAUCGGGUACUUUUGGUAAUAUGAAAAAAUAUUCAUAGGAUAUGUCUUUGAAGCAUAUGAUCAUAAUACUAAACAAAAAGUUGCUUUAAAAAGAAUUGAGAAAGUUGGUAAUCUUUUAAGUAGAGAAUAUGAAAUACUUUUUGAAGUUAAGGAAUGUGAUCAUAUUGUGAAAAUUCUUGUAAAUUAUUUUAGUUAGAGUAGGAUUUUUUUUAUUCAAGAACAGAUGCGGGUAAAUUAAUUCAAAAUAUUGUGUUUGAAUACAUGGAAGAUAAUCUUGAAAAUAGAAUAUAAACUUAUGUUAAAUAAGGUAAGAUCUUUAGUGAAUUGACAAUAAAAUCAUACAUAUAUCAAAUUUUAUAAGGAUUAUAGUUUAUUCAUAAAAAAGGAAUAGCUCAUAGAGAUUUAAAACCGUAAAAAUAAUUUGAUAAUAUAAAUUAGAGAAAAUAUUCUGAUAAAUGAUAAGGAAACAGUUAAACUAUGUGAUUUUGGAAGUUCUAAAAUGAUAAAUUAGCAUGGUUAAAAUACUCCAUACAUAGUAUCAAGAUAUUAUAGGGCACCUGAAUUAAUUCUAUGUGUAACAAAAUAUGAUGUGUCUAUUGAUAUUUGGGCUUUAGGUUGCAUUAUGGGAGAAUUAGUUGUAAAGGAAGCUCUUUUUAAAGGAAAAAGUGAAGGAGAUCAAUUAUUUGCAAUUUUUAAAGUGAUGGGUAGUUUUAAUUAAAGUGAAAUGGAUUAUUUUGCUAAUAAAGUGCCAUUUGAUCAUAAAAUAUUUUUCAAAGAGCUUUAGAAAUAUAAAAAAUAAAAUUUGAAAGAGAAAUUCAGUUAAAUGAGAGACUUAGAGAAUUUCUUAGAUUUACUUAAGUAAUAUUAAUUUAAUAUUUUAGUUUAAUGCUGUAAUAUAAUCCUGAGAAGAGAAUAAGUGCAAAUGAUGCUUUGAAGCAUCCAUUUUUUAAGGAUGUAGCAAAAGAAUGAAU